AUGAUAGCAGAUUACACUUUGCGUGAACUUAAAUUAAAAUCUUUAAACUCAAAUGAAGAUAACGCUAGAAAUUCCUAUAAUUCAGAUGACGAUGAGGAUGUAGAUGACGAGGAUAUUGUAGCUGUGAAUUCGAUGGAUGCCUUAAUCGGUACUUUUCGUUGUUCCGAUAACUCUUUACGACGUUAUCUUGCCAAUAGAAUGUCUACAUGUCAGCUUAGCGUUCCGUUUCUUGUGCCUGACCUGGCAGCGCCUACGGAGAACGUCACAAUGUUUCUAUCAGCUUUGGAGAGCAUCACGAAGUCUUGGAAGACUGGUUCUAAUGAAAAUAAAAGCGUGUACGAAGUGUUUGCGACAGAGCAUCCAUUUCCAAUCGUUUCCUUCAUCCGCAUCGGCGAAAUUGCCAAGUCAAAAUCAUUCUUAAUUAAUAAAAUUAUGAGUGAUGGAAGCAAUCAUCACGACUUUUUUUUUCACAGAGAAAUGAAGGGUGGUGACGUCGAGCGUAAAGUGAUCGGUGGAUUGGUUGAAUUGAGCUGGUAUCUUCCAAGUAGUGGACAGGGACAAAAAUUGCAAAAUGAAAUUUGCUUUUUAAACCUUCGAGGAGACGCCAGAGAUUUUGAAAAGCAAUUAAAUUUCCUUCUCAAGAUCUCGUCCGUGUUAUGUAUAGUACUAACCUCGCAGUGUCCGGAUGAAACCACGAUGGCUGUCUUGAAUAAAGCAACACAAAGCGAAGUAGUAAAGAUUUAUCUCAUCUUUCCGGAAGCAACACAGAAACAGAAACAGGCACAGACGAAGAAUUAUUUCAAAGAUUUAAAAAGUAAACACAGCGAUAAGCUUUCCUUGGUAAUGAACGACAGCAAGUUCAAUGAUCACAAGCUUUUGGAUAAAAUCCGAGCAGCUAUCCAAAAGGCUAUCCAAGGGGUGAAAGCAGUACCUUUAGUGAACCUUGCUUGUCGCUGGUGGACACGGUAUCUCACUUGA